AUGUUGAUAAAUUCCCUGGAAAAUUCAACUAAGACUGGUAUAGCACGUCUUUUUGAUGAGGAGUUUGAGAAUGCCUAUGACAUCCGAUUAAAGCUAUCAAAAGACGUUAUAACAAUUCAAAAGCAGGAUGUCGUUUGUGUCAGUGGAAGUGAUUCUGAUUCAAAUCACAGAACUGUUACACUUCGCAGACAGCCUGUUGGUGGAAUGGGUUUAAGUAUUAAGGGAGGUGCUGAACACGGUGUACCAGUUGUUAUAUCAAAAAUCUUUAAAGAUCAAGCAGCUGACCAGACUGGGAUGUUAUUCGUUGGAGAUGCUGUGCUGCAAGUUAAUGGUAUUAAUGUUGAAAAUGCAACACAUGAAGAGGUGGUGCACCUCCUGCGAAAUGCUGGCGAUGAAGUUACCAUUACCGUUCAGUACCUCAGGGAAGCCCCUUCCUUCCUUAAACUCCCACUAGGCUCACCAGGGCCGUCCAGUGACCAUAGCAGUGGGGCAUCCUCUCCUCUGUUUGAUAGCGGUUUACAUUUAAAUGGGAACUCUACAAAUACCGCACCGUCAUCACCUUCUUCACCUUCAGCUGAUGAACCAAAAUAUGAGAAACGUUGGCUAGAUACCUUAUCGGUCCCUUUGUCGAUGGCUCGAGUCUCAAGGUACAGAACUGGAACAGAUCAAUUAAGAAUGGCCAAUAAAUGCUGUCCUCCAAAUGAUCAGAUAAUUCACAUGGGGUGGGUGAGUGAGAAGCUGCUAGGAACUGAAUCCCAUCAGCUUUACAAGUGCAAGUUUCUGGGACUGAAAGGUUCUUCUCUUCACAUUUUCAAUGCUCCACCGGUCAGCAUUCGCGACUGGCUUUGGGCUGAAAAAAUCUACAACCUCUGUGAGAUUCUUUGUAAAGUUCACAAGCUCUGGCUUGCUGAUGAAUGCUGGCUUCAAGCAAACUUAUGUUUAGGUCUUCAUCAGGACUGUGAGCUUCAAGACCAGAGGCCGUAUGGUUUCAGUGUUCUGGCGGGUCAAGGCGAGAAUCAUUAUUUCUGCGUUGAGAUGGGCAGCGAGCUUGCAGUUUGGGAGAAAACCUUCCAGAGAGCAAUUUUUAUGGAAGUGCAGAGAACAGGAUCCAAGACAUAUGGGUGUACCUGGCAAGGCCAAGCACUUUCCUUCACAAUAGAUUUCGCUGCUGGAUUUACCUGUGUUGAUAGUAACACAAAGAAUGUUAUCUGGAGAUUCAAGUUUUCACAGCUCAAAGGAUCCUCUGAUGAUGGAAAAGCAUGUGUGAAACUGCUUUUUCAGAAUACUGAUACCAGACAGAUUGACAUGAAGGAAUUGGAGUUCCCUGAUCUGACGGCAGUAUUGCAUUGUAUACAUUCAUUCAUAGCAGCUAAAGUAGCAGCAGUGGAUCCGGUAUUCGUAGACAGCCUAAGUGUUGCACGGAAGUACAUGUAUAGCAGUUGA